GAAAUCAUUUUGAUAUGUAUACAAGCCGUUUUCGAUUACUUCACGUUCACAUAGUUGGAUUCGUCUGACAAUAUGUUAUAGCAAUACAUAUUAAAAUUCUUCAAAAUUGUAAACAUUGAAAUUCGAAUUCAACUAUGCCCGCAAUCGGAAUCAAUGGCUUUGGCAGAAUCGGCCGGAUGUUCGCCCGCCAGGCUCUAGUUCGCAAGGAUGUCAAGAUCGUGGCCAUCAACGAUCCCUCGCUGGAUCCCAAGUACCUGGCCUACAUGCUGCGUUACGACUCCACUCAUGGCCAGUUCAAUCAGAAGAUCUCCAUUGAUGGCAACAACCUCGUUGUAAAUGGCAAGAAGAUCCAGCUGCUUAAGGAGCCGGACCUCAAGAAGGUCAAGUGGUGCGAAAUGGGCGUGCAUACGGUGGUGGAGUGCUCCGGUAGGUUUACCACCCUUAAAGCCUGUCAAGCGCACCUGGAUGGGGGGGCCCAAAAGGUGGUCAUAUCGGCUCCAUCCGCCGAUGCUCCGAUGUUUGUGUGCGGAGUGAAUCUUCAUAAAUACAAACCAGGCACGGCAAUCAUCUCGAAUGCCUCGUGCACAACCAAUUGCCUGGCGCCGCUGGCCAAGGUGGUGCACGAUAACUUUGAAAUAUGUGAGGGCCUUAUGACCACCGUUCAUGCGGCUACAGCCACCCAAAAGAUCAUCGACGGACCCAGCAGCAAGCUUUGGCGGGAUGGACGCAGUGGCAUGAGCAACAUAAUUCCUGCAGCCACGGGAGCCGCUAAAGCCGUCGGAAAGGUGAUUCCGGAUCUAAACGGAAAGCUCACUGGUAUGGCUUUCCGUGUGCCGGUACCCAAUGUCUCGGUGGUGGACCUAACCUGUAGGCUCUCUAAGCCCGCCAAAAUGGACGACAUCAAGAAGUGCAUCAAGGCGGCAGCCGAGGGUGAAAUGAAGGGAAUCCUCGCCUAUGUGGAGGAGGAGGUGGUGUCCACCGACUUCAACGGCUCCCGUUUUGCCUCGGUCUUCGAUGCCAAGGCCUGUAUUGCCCUGAACGAUAGCUUUGUCAAGUUGAUCAGUUGGUACGAUAACGAGACUGGAUAUUCCUGCCGUCUUCUUGACCUGGUUCUCUAUGCCCAAAUGGUCGACCAGUGCGAGGAAAAGGCUGCUUGUAAGGAGAAGGAAGAUCCCUGCAAGAAAAAGUAGGAUCCUUCCAUUAAGAACAAUAAAUAGGAAACAAUUACCAAUUUUUUUUACCAGCUAACAAACU